AAUACGCCUCAAUUUUAUAGUCAGUUCAUAGAAGGAUCGUUAUGCAGACAGUGUGGAAUCGGAUUAGUGUCUCGAUUGGGCUCUUGUGUCUUGUCCAGAUCUGCGCCUUCACUGGCCUCCAAGCCCAAGCGACUUGGCCCAAACACCCAGAGUGUUCCACUGAUGACUAUCCGAUUUUGUGGGGCAACCUCGAUCGUAGAGCUUUGCCCCUUGAUUUUGCUCCAGAUCAGCUACUUCUUAAGAAGCGCUGGCCCAUCCCCCUAACCCAAAACCAAAGCCAAACCAAUAAUGCUCUGAGUAUUUGCGUGAAAGAGGAUGAAUGUCUGUCAGGCACCAUUGCCCAGAACACUCCCCCUUUCAGCUUGACUUUGGGUGGCUCUCCGUUUGAAAGAUCGGCCUUGAGAAAGAUUCUGGGUGGGAAUUGGAUCUGUCAAAGCCGGUGUCUUUUGCCUUAUGAGCCGUGUUAUGAAAACGGGCGCCCUAUUUGCAAGUCUAAUCGAAAAGAGGCAACAAAAAACCGCCUCAACGAGGGAAUCCCUCUGCGACAAAGUGCUGAGGUGUGCAAUCUGGAGGAUUUCGGAUCAAAUGCCCAGGACCAAGUGGACCAAUACAAACUGAAGCCGGAGAUAAUUUGCUUGAUCUCGGGAAUGUCCUGCAAUCGCACUUGCGCCUGGGACUCUGAUCGACCACUGAGAGCGGACGCUGGGAUUGAUGAUCAAACUGUGUGCGUAGCAUAUUGCGAUCGCUUGGAAGAGUGGCAAUGCCAGGACAAGUGCAUCCAAAAGACGAUGCCAUGUGGAGAAGCCUGUCCCACGGGAUAUUGGUUGUGUCAAAACGAGAAUAAAUGCAUCCCGCUCAGAUGGGUCUGCGAUGGCUCGAGACUUCUUGGGUGUUCAGAUGGGUCGGAUGAGAUCGAUUGCUCUGGUUGCGCGGAUGGAAUGCGUCAGUGCGGAGACAAACUUUUAUGCAAGACCCGUGGGCUCAAUCUUCCCUGUGGGCCGAAUCGAGAAUGCUCCAUUGGUUAUGAACGAUGCUCAGAUUCACUUUGUGUGACACACAGACAGGCCUGCAAUGCCACUUGCUUAAGAGAGGGCAUGCUUCCCUGUGGGCAUCAAUGUUAUGAAAUUGGUGAAAAAUGCGAUGGCGUGGCGAAUUGCGGAAACCGAGAGGACGAACUAGAUUGCGGGACAUGUCAAGUGGGUAGCAAGAAAUGUGGCGACGAUAUUCUUUGCAGGGACCAGAGCUGUCCCGCCGACCAAGAGGCCGACCCAGACCAGGACCUCGGGAGGAACCUCUGUAAGACUGGGGAUUGUGCCCAAACGGAAGAGGAAUGCGACCAAUACUGCGAUCACUAUUGGUGUGCUUCUGAAGCCCGCUGCAUCUCCCGAAUCGAUAACCUCCAAGGUUGCAAUGACUUGCGGGAACAUCCAUCUGUUGGGAAUGCCAUCUUUGUUAAUGUGAGUGGACGCUUAUGCGACUCGGGCUUGUGGAAUGAUUCACCCCAAGGAGACCAAUUGUUCCUGCAGGCCAGUUGUGUGCCGGAUGCGCAAGGCCAGUGUCCCACUUCUGUGAGGGUUUCCGAAUCGGCCACCAAAUUAUGGGUCAAAUGCGGCAACGCAUGUUGGACCAAGUUCAUCAAUCACGAGCCGGGAAAGAUCCCACAGAGAUAUCAAAUGGGCUUAAAUGAGGUUGAUUUGACCCAUCAUCCCCGAUGCCACGCCGAGGAGUUCACAGAUUUGUGUCGCGGGAGGUGCAAGUUCUAUGACGCCUGGUUUUGUGGCGAUCGCAUCCUUUGCACGAACGUCCCCUGUCAACGUGAAUGCCCAGCGAAGGCUGGACCCAAGCAGGAAAAGUUCUACCUUUGCGAUGAUGAAUGCAUUCCUGAGUCUUUAACCUGUCAAAAUAAGUGCCGACCUGGGAGAUUUAGAUGUGGCAGUCAAUGCUUGAGCACGCCUCAGGUGUGCGAUGGGAAACGCGAUUGUUUCGAUGGGUCAGACGAGGAUCCGUCCUUCUGCCAGGGUUGCCGAGUGGGUCAAACCCUUUGUCAAGGUCAACCCAUCUGUCUGGAUCAGAUUUGUGAGGGGAAAUGCUUGACUCGGGAGGAUGGUCAUGUUUUGAUAGAUUGCGGAUUUGAGGGCUCGGAUCGGAACAUAUGUGCGCCACGAGAGAGCCUUUGUAACGAGUGGAUGGAAAAACGUUACGGGGUUCGAACUCCCUUUUGAAACAUGCUGGCCACAAGAUGGCGCUACUUUAGACCCUAGUUGGGGCUUGACGGGGCCUAACUGAGUCAAAGAGCCAUCUAUUGAUCGAAUUAAUAAAAAUUGAAAUUGCUUAUUCUUAA